AUGGAAACAGAAGGAGUGGUUCGCAGCCUAGAGCACAGCAAGCAGGGCCUUGUGGUUGCCAGCCUCACAACUGAUCGCCAUCCUUCGAUAAAGAAGCACAUGAGGACUGAAGAACCUGCUGUCAAGAAGAAGCUCUCUGGAGCCAGUAAGAGUAGCACUUGCAAACAACUAUCCUCGUGGGUCCAGCCUGCUUCUAACCACCUCUACUGGUGUGCACAUGCCAGUAAAGGUGAUGGUGACCUCCUUGUGGACAUUUGGAAAACCAUGGUAAACCAUGCUGCCAACAUUCAUGAGGGCCACAAUGGGAUGUUGACAAGGUGCCUUCACAAGCCACUGGACAACAGGUCUUGGCUCCGCAAAGGAUCUCCAGUACACAAAAGGCUUGAAGAAAUCGCCACAGCCCCACUGCUGACACGGGACAUCAAGCAGUUGUCUCCACACGCCCAGACCUUUGCCUUGGAGUCAUUCCACAAUGUCAUUAACCAGUUCGCUCCCAAGUCUCUGGCGUUUUCUUACUUCGGAAUGCAAGCUAGGACAUACAUUGUCAUCCUGCACUUCAAUGAAAACUCCUCACGUUUGCAAGCUACUACAAAGGAUGGACGACUGCAGUGGAAACUGAAAGCACUAAAGGCGAAGGCUGAAGAAAUGAUUGCAAGCCCUGUAAUGACGCAGGCGACAUUUGGUGAGCAGUUCAAUGAAUGCGGACCAUGUGGUGUUGCUCUUUAG